UCAUUUGCAUGAAACUCCGGAGCUGUCAAGAUUCUUUCGCCGCCACAAUGCGCCGUCGAGCUGCAAAUAACCGCACGGAGGACUAUUUCUGUCUCUGUCUCAGAUUUCCUCCUGUUAGGACUUCAAAGAGUUUUUCCUGUAACCUGGAAUUACUGCAGCUGAAACACGGGAGAGCAGAAGCAGAUGAACUAAUUUCGAGGCCCUGGUUGGUGGGGGGACCUGCCUCUGCUGGUAUGCGCCGUGCGCCUGGUUCACAUUAACUGUGUCGACGGACCCGUGAAAGUCGCAAGUCUUCCCUUCCUCGGGCGGAUCUCCUGCGGAAUCCCCGUGGAUGAUUUGUUUGCCAGACUGAAGAAAGAAAAUACACCUUUUCAGCCCAGGGUCGUUUUGAUGUCGCGUUGUUGCAGCACAGUGUGUGUGUAUGUGUGUGUGUGUGUGUGCGCGCGCGCGCGUGCGUGUGUGGGCGGGGGGUUGAGGGGUGCAGGCAUGGAUAAAUAGAGCGCUCCUCUCCUGCGCGCGGUGCGCUCGACCCGGCUGGCACACGGAGCUCUCGGAAGUCUCUCCCACAGAAAGGGUCUUUUGUGCCGCGACGAAAACAAUGAACGAGGACAAACUACCCAGUGGAAAUUAGCAUCAUUUCUUCACCGGGCCAAACGUGGAGCAUUCAUUCGUGGACUAAACCACUGCUCUUUAUGUGCUUGCAUCUGGAGCACUCUGCCCAACCUCUGUCCGGGAGAUGACCCGGCUGACCCGGAGGAUGCUGAAGCUUCAGUAAAAAUAUUGUCAUUCCUGGGAGGACGUCGGAGAAAUACUGUACCGAAUGAAUAUGGACGCUUUGCGCAUUGCGUAAUUGGCAAAGAGAUGCGCGUGUCCUUUUAGACGAGCUCCACAUAAUGUUGGGACUCUUCUCUCCUGGAAGGCGUUUAUCGCACCGUGGUAAAUACAGAAGAAACAAGGAGGAGACAGAGAGUGUCUAGGAUGCUCGGGACGGGUCGACAUCAGAUGCUGGAGGCGCUCUGUUGGCUGUUUUUGGUCGUGACGCGGAGCGGAGCAGUUUCCAGAUGUGUGGACCAUGCCUGUAGUCCACCCAUAGGGAACCUAGCCAGUGGCAGGACCCUCACCACCCUCUCAAGCUACUGUGGGAACAGCUCCCUCCCCCCUCACCUCUGCCCUGAGGACAUUCACCCACCUGCCCACAUGACGGACGAUCCCUUCUCGCAGCCAGAAACCUGGUGGGCGUCGGGUGCAGGCACCACCGCGCAGGAGCAGCGAGACGAGAUCCGGUUGGAUCUGGAAACACGGUUCUGUCUAUCCCAUGUGGUGUUGGUGUUCAGGUCGCCUCGUCCCGCUGCCAUGGCCAUUGAACGUUCGGCCGACUUUGGGAGGACCUGGGAGGCUCUGAAGCUAUUUGCAAACAAUUGCAGCACGGAGUUCGGGUUGCCCGAUCAUUUAAGUCAGCCAGGCUCUUUGUGCACGUCACGCUACACAAGUGCGACACCCUGCAGUGGUGGUGAGGUAAUAUUACGGACACUGGACCCCAGCGGUUCUAAAACACGGGAUCCUUACAGUCCAGAGGCUCUUACCCGCCUCACCCUCACUAACCUGCGCAUCAGACUGCUAAAAGCCCAGACCUGCCCGGCACUGCUGAACCCCCCGACAGGGAGGACAAGCCCCACCACCGCUUCAGCGCUGCCCUCCACGUCCACUACAGAAAACCCAGCACCUUAUGCUAUUUAUACUUUACUGGCCAAAGGGACCUGCCUGUGCCACGGACAUGCUGAGUAUUGUGUACCACACAACCACAGCCAAGACUCGAGACAGGACAGUAAUGUGGUGUCUGGUACGUGUCUGUGUACUCACCACACAGCGGGGGACCACUGUGAGAAGUGUGCCCCGCUCUACAACGAUCGUCCCUGGCGGCCCGCCAACGGCAGCAGCGGGGAGCCGAACCCGUGCCAGAAGUGCGAGUGCCACGGUCACGCAGGCAGCUGCCACUUCUCUCAGCGGGCGUGGCUGUCGUCCGGUGGCACCAGCGGGGGCGUUUGUGAUGACUGCCGACACAACACUGUCGGGCGCAGGUGCCAGCGCUGUCGCCACAGCUACCAUCGGCACCCUUUCCUGCCCCUCCACUCCCCCCACGCCUGCACACGCUGCAGGUGUGAUCCGCAGGGCUCUUUGCCUCCUCGGCCCGGAGAAGACGGACCCUGGUGCCACCCUCGGAGUGGGCAGUGCCACUGCAAAUCUGGUGUAGGGGGCACGAGCUGCAGCCAUUGCCUGCCUGGCUACUGGGACUUUGGAGAGAAGGGCUGUGAACCCUGUGCCUGCCCUCUCAGCUGCGAUCCGACCACUGGGCAGUGUCUCGACAGCAGUUACACAAAUAAUCAGGUGUUCAAUGUGCCCGUUGGUGGAAGAAUCCCUGAUCUGGAUCAUAUGUUUCCGAUUGAAGAAGAAGUACAGUGGUCGAAGGAGCUCGCAGUCUCCGCUCUGCAUUAUACAGGAAAGUGCAGCUGCAAGGAGAAGAAACUGAGAAGUGUUUCUGACCUCUGUAAGACUAAACAUGACUAUGUGAUUAAGGCCAGCGUGCUGUCUGCUCACGACAAAGGAAGCCACGCAGAAGUUCAGGUCAAAGUUCGCAAGGUCCUUCGAUCAGGUCAGGUGGCACUGAUCCUGGGGACCAUCAGCAUCUAUCCUCUGUCCUGGACCAGCCGUGGCUGCACCUGUCCUAUUCUAAACCCAGGUAUGGAGUACUUGCUUGCAGGACCAGAGGAGGCUGGAAGCGGCCGUUUGCUGGUCACCAUGCAAAGUGUCGUGGCCCCCUGGACCCCUCGACUGGGUCUGCUCAUAUCAGAGGGCCUGAGGAACGGUUGUCCUUGAGCUGUAUGAUCCGAAAAGGCCGGACACACUCCAGAGAAUUGCACAGUCCAUUUAAAAAUUCAUGAGUCAGUGGACAAUUCAGAAAAGGGACUGAAAAAAAAAUCACUGGACAACGUCAUCAAGGGGAAAUAAUCCAGGAGGCGAACUCAUGGUCAAUCUGGAGAAGUGCUCACAAUGUGUGGGUGUGUGACAAAAUAAGGCCACAACACACACUUACCGCACAUUGCCAGUUAUAAGUAUGUAAAAUACCUGGGUUUGUUAAACCGAAUCGGACAAAUCUGUUAGUCAAUCAUUUAAUCUUUUUUUUUCACUGAGAAAAAGCAAUGUACAGAAGACUAAGGUCAUGUAGCUAUACAGAAAAUAUGUACUGAUUAAAACUUUUUGUUCAA